ACAAUGGUGUCGGGAGAGCCCGUAGCGCAAUAAGCAGGGGCUUCGCUGGCCGAGGGUUUCCUGAGGAUCUUCCUCCACCACUCUCACGAAUUCGUCAUUUGUUUCCCAAGGUCUACGCGAUUCUGUUGGAAGAGUAGUCCUAAGUGUUAGAGAGGUUUGUUGCGCUCCCGCUGAAUCGUUUUGGCUGCCUUUUGGGUGAUGGAGAGAGUUGUUGGUCUGUGGUGGGUUGCGGGUGGUUCUUCGUGGUCUUGCGUUGAAGCGAGACGUUGCAAGGGAAUUUAUAGAAUUGUGGAGGAGUAGAAGCGUUUGAAGUGAGUUUCUAAGAGUGAGUGGAGGAAGAACAAGCACUAGGGAAAUGGUUGGGAAGGACUAGGGCAGGUAGGGUAAGGUUGUUGUGGAGGGCGGUUCGGUAGUGGUGGGCGGUGGCGUGGAGUGUGAGGAAUGGAAUCGGUAAGUAAGGUGAGGAUGCAGAGCAGCCCCAGGCCAACGUACGGACGGCGGAUUGUGGCCAGGAAGCGGACUCGACCUGAUGAUACCAAGAACUGUGUCCGCAAGCUGUUGAAGCGGGAGAUAAGUCGUGCAGGGAACUGGGCUUUUAACCGGACAAAUUCCCAGGAGAAGUUUCGGAACUUUCAUUUGCAGGAAGAAUUUGAUACUCAUGACCCUAAGGCUCAUCAUUUUUUGAAGCUACCGUUCCUGAAGAAGAGAUCAAGGAUAGUAGAGAUUGUGGCCGCUCGAGAUACUGUGUUCGCGUUAACGCACUCCGGGAUCUGUGCUGCCUUUAGUAGAGAUACAAACAAGAGGAUAUGCUUUCUCAAUAUCAGGGAUGAUGAAGUGAUUCGAAGCCUAUUUUACAACAAGAAUAACGACUCAUUGAUCACUGUGUCUGUUUAUGCCUCUGACAACUUCAGUUCUUUGAAGUGCAGGACAACACCUAUUGAGUACAUCCGGAGGGGACAGCCUGAUGCUGGAUUUCCUUUGUUCGAAUCAGAAUCGCUCAGGUGGCCCGGGUUUGUUGAGUUUGAUGAUGUUAAUGGGAAGGUCCUUACAUACUCUGCUCAAGACAGAAUCUACAAGGUGUUCGAUUUGAAGAACUAUACAAUGCUGUAUUCUAUUUCUGACGAGCAUGUGCAAGAAAUCAAAAUAAGCCCUGGAAUUAUGUUAUUGAUUUUUGACAGGGCACAAAGUCAUGUGCCACUGAAGAUACUUUCGAUAGAGGAUGGGUCGGUUCUCAAGGCCUUCAAUCAUCUGCUACAUCGAAACAAGAAAGUUGACUUCAUCGAACAGUUCAAUGAAAAGCUGCUUGUCAAGCAAGAAAAUGAGAAUCUUCAGAUUCUUGAUGUAAGGAAUUCUCAACUCACAGAAGUCAGCCGGACAGAAUUCAUGACACCCUCGGCAUUUAUUUUUCUGUACGAGAAUCAGUUAUUUCUCACUUUCCGCAACAGGACUGUAGCAGUGUGGAAUUUUAGAGGAGAGCUGGUGACCUCAUUUGAAGAUCACUUGCUGUGGUAUCCGGAUUGCAACACAAACAACAUAUACAUAACCAGUGAACAAGAUCUUAUCAUCUCUUACUGCAAAGCUCAUCCAGAUAACUCUGUCGAGGAAGUUGGUUCCAUCAACAUCAGCAACAUCUUGACUGGGAAGUGUCUUGCAAAGAUUAGGGCAGAUGAUCCAAGUGUCAGGAUCAGCCCCCGUGCACGUGCAAAUUCUUCAAACAUAAGAAGUUCAGUGCAGGAAGCUCUUGAGGAUGUUACUGCCCUAUUUUAUGAUGAAGAAAGAAAUGAGAUAUAUACUGGGAAUCGACAUGGAUUGGUUCAUGUUUGGUCGAAUUAGGUGCAUUGGGUGACUUGUAGUUCAGCAUCUUUUACUUCUGUUGGAUAGAGUCUUGGAAAUCUUCUCGCCAUUCUUUGGCCAAGAUCAAGUCAGGCUGAGGCUAUCAUCUCCAUGCUCUGUGUCGUGCGUAGAGAAUCAGAAUAUCAGCUGUUGACAUCAAUACCAGCAGUCCCGUAAUCUCCCUCCGCUGGGUAUAUGUGACGUUAAAAAUCAUGGUUCGCACUUCUGAAGGCAGUGGCAGCUACGGCGAUUGUAUUCAAGUCUCACUUCAGGACUUUUCUCUUGGCUGUGAAGACGGGCUGUGAUUUUGCAUUCUGGCACUCAUGGAAUUUCAAAAGGAGGGAAAGCAAGAUCUUCAGAGUAGAUGUAUCAGAAUCUCGAUUGAUACGUCCUCUCUGCAUUUGAUUUCCAGCUUUGUAACAAUCCCCUCAAAUAGCCGCUUACCAGUACCGAAUUUCAUGUACAAGAAUGAACUUAAUGAAUUGUUAGUGUAGGUUAUCCUCUAUAAGAAAGCUCUUGCUUUCUAGAUAAAUUUAUAAGUGCACACUCUGUAGAUCAAUCAGGUUUCAAGGAACAUUGAAUGUGGUCACUGUAAUUUUUAAUUUGAAGGCCUCUCAAUUAUAAUUUCAUCCUGA